AUGGCCCACAAGAAAACGGUGACGCUUGGGAUCCUACUUGUUUCGGCUGUGAUGGCCGUGGCAAUAGCGGUACCGAUAGCUUCGAACACUGGAUCAGAUAGUGACUCUCCGGCGCAAAUCAAUCAACUCUUCGGCCGAACGGUACUCGACGAGGUGCCGUUGAUCGAUGGCCACAACGAUCUACCCUGGAAUCUGUACAAUUUUGAGCGCAAUCGUAUCAAUGGAUUCGAAUUGAACAGCGACCUGAAGACGCACCCUGUAUGGGGCCCGUCGACCAGCAGCCACACGGACAUCCCGAGGCUUAAGCAGGGCAAAGUUGGGGCCCAAUUUUGGGUGGCGUACGUUAGUUGCGGGAACCAGUACAAAGACGCGGUCGAGCGCACCCUGGAGCAGAUCGAUGUGAUCAAACGGGUUGUGCGGAAGUACCCGGAACACCUCCAGUACGUUACGUCCACCGAGGGCAUUAUGGAGGCGUUCCGGGCGGGAAAAAUCGGUUCGCUCAUUGCCGUCGAAGGUGGCCACUCGAUGGAUUCACGGUUGGCCGUGCUGCGCAUGUACUACGAGCUCGGUGUGCGCUAUAUGACACUGACGCACUCGUGCAACACACCGUGGGCCGAUGCGUCCCCGAUCGACAAUCAGAACGACGCACAACUGCGAAACGUUACCGUGUGGGGUCGUAACGUGGUGUGGGAGAUGAACCGGUUGGGUAUGCUAAUCGACCUGUCGCAUGUGAGCUACGGUGUUAUGGUGGACGUUCUCGAACACACGAAGGCCCCAGUCAUCUUCAGCCACUCGUCGUCGCACACCGUCUUCCAGCACCAUCGAAACGUACAGGAUGACGUGCUGGCGAAGUUAGUGGAGAAUAAGGGCAUUAUAAUGGUCAACUUCUAUACCGGCUUCAUCGGAGGACGAUCGAUAAACAACGUUAUCACGCAUCUUAACCACAUCAAAUCAAUCACCGGACCGGAUCAUAUCGGACUCGGUGGAGACUUUGAUGGUGUCGACGAUGUGCCCGUGGGCCUGGAUGACGUCUCGAAGUACCCGGACUUGUUCGACCUGCUUGCGGAUGGCACAUACACCAACGGUACCACGUUUACGCCCUGGACGAGGGAAGAUUUGCGGAAACUGGCCGGCGAGAACUUGCUGCGCGUUUUCGGUGAGGUCGAGCGCGUUCGGGACAGCAUGGUCGAUGUUGAGCCUUAUGAGGAUUUGAUUCCCUACCAAGAUUUUGUCGAUGCCGGUGUGGCGGAUCAACCAUGUAUGAGUGAUAUCGAUAUUCACAAGGCUUGA